AUGGGGCAACACAAGCCAAUGCCUGGGAUGCUGUCGCCAAGGAUGACGAGAUGGUGUCUGAAAUUAGGGUGCUAUGAUUACGACUUGUGCUAUCGGAAGGGCACCACAAACCAAAAUGCCGACGCCUUCAGUAGACUGCCGUUGCCAUCCAUGACCGUUGAACCGUACAGACCGGGUGACGUGCUCCUGUUGCACACGGUAGAAGGACCUGUUCUCACGGCUAAACCUCUAGAAAAGAUGGCUCAGCAAGAUCCGGUGCUGUCAGCAGUUCAUAGACCAUUGCGAAACGGUAGCCUUCACAAGUUACGGGGACAAGGCUUUGACCAAUACAAGAUACGCCGUCGGGAGCUGGCUACGGAAGGUGAUUGUGUGAUCAGAGGUUCAAGAGUUGUGGUUCCCCCGGCUGCCCUAGAGCAGGCCUUGAAACUGGUGCAUUGCGGACACAGGGACAUAGUCAGAAUGAAAGCUUGUGCUCGAAGCUACAUGUUGUGGCCGGGAAUCGAUCGUGACAUUGAGCAACUCGUACGCGGCUGCUCCAAAUGCCAGGUCGAUCGUCGCUCUCUGCCCCGAGCUCCGCCACCGCUGUGGACAAGACCGACGGAACCCUGGAAGACCAUUCACAUCGACUUCGCCGGACCGGUCGACGGGCGAACGUAUCUACUGGUUGUUGACGCCUACACAAAGUGGCUGGAAGUUAGGCGAAUGACAAGUACUACGGCUGCCGGCUAA